CACUUCAAGGAAAUUAUCAGGAGAGAUCUUUGAGAGAUUUUUCUAAACAGAAUUUUUUUAUUUUUAUUUUUAUUUGCUACUGACUGACGAUUAGAAAUUUUUUCUUGCAUUCUAAGGAAAUGUUGAAUGUUUGUUAAACCAAGAAUAUUUCAGUUCUCACUAAAAAUCGAACAUAUUUAAGUUCGAAAAUGGGUCUGGAAAUAUUUGUAAUUUGUGUAAUUGUCACCUUAUCAAAUGCCAUGCCUUUAUCCAGACGAUUAGUAGAUAUGACACAUGUUUUCAAAGAUAACACUUCCGGUUAUCCUGGCAUGAAAGAAUUUAAAAUUGAUGAUUUGCAUAAUGGAACAUCAGAAAUGAUUGGUGGUCUUUGGUUGCAGAUGGAAGAAUAUUCAUCUGGUACACACAUCGGCACUCACAUGGACGCUCCUUCCCAUUUCAUCAAGGGAGGAGCAAACAUCGAUGAUAUUCCACCUACCGAAUUCUUUGGUCCAGCUGCUGUCAUAGACAUAACAUCCAAAUCAGCUCUAGAUUCAGAUGCGGAAGUUACCGUUGAGGACCUUCUUUUGUGGGAAUCUGCUACGGGACAAAACCUGAAUGGUACAAUUCUAUUGCUCAACUCAGGUUGGGGGCAAAAAUGGAACGAUCGGCCUGCGUACUAUGGUAAUGAAGAAAAUGGUGCCACGGACCUUCAUUUUCCUGGAUUUUCUCCAGUUGCGUGUCAGUGGUUGGUUGAAAACCGUAGCAUUAAAGGGAUCGGUACAGAUACGCUGUCUCUGGACAAAGGUUCAACCACUAGCGAGUUUCUAUCUCAUGUCACUGUGCUAGGAAAUGGAAUUUUUGUUUUGGAAAAUGUAGCCAAUGUCGACAAAAUUCCAAUUUAUGGAUCAAUGCUGUACGUGUUUCCAAUGAAAAUCGGCAAGGCAAGUGGUGCGCCAACACGGAUUGUGGCUUCCAUACCAGAAGUAAUUUAUGAAUUGCCUAGUGAAUAAGUAAAGUUAUAAAAAUACCGAAUCCCACUUUGGGAACCGAUAAAUCAUAAGUGUUCUCUAUGCAAAUCAACUAAGCAAAAGAAGCGCCAAUUUAAAUUGUCCCUUCUAUUCCAAAAUUUAUUCAGAAAUUACUAGAUAAAUAAGUGAAAUUGCAAAUAAAAAUGUGAUUUAACUUUU